AGCUGUGGAGACCUGCUGGGAGUUACAUGUUAGUUCUGUCUCUGCUUGGAGCGACUGAUUCAUUUCACCGUCACUCAUCAGCAGAUUCUCUUCAGAAGGAAACAACAACAGUUUGGAUGAAGCUGAGACUCAUCCUGUUGGUACGUCACACUGAGAGCAGAACAUAGACACAGAGAUGAGAUCAAUACUACAGAGCUAAGGGACAUGUGGACUUUAGUUCAGAGAACUCAGGGUGGGGGCUCUGCUAUGGAUCAGAGUGAGGACAGAGAGGAGGAAGCCCCCCCCUCUAAAGGCUCUGGGGAACAUGACAGCCAGACCAAAGCUCAGAGCCCAGAGCAAACACCACAUCCUGCUGGACCUGGACCUGAACCUGGACCUGGACCUGGACCUGGACCUGGACCUGGACCUGGACCGGGACCUGGACCUGGAGUAAAAGUGUUGUCUUAUUGUGCAAUGGGUACAGGGGUGAAGUGCUAUGUGAAGGACCAUGUUUUAAGAGUGGAUUACCCAGAAUGCUUAGAGAGUCAGAGGGAGGAUGAGGAGGUGUUGGAGGCUGAGGAUGAAGAGCAGAGGAGCAGCAGCAGAGAGGCCCUUCUGAACAUCUCACUGCACCUCCUGAGGAGCAUGAAGCAGGAGGAGCUGGCUGACCGCCUGCAGAGCAAAAUUGCUGCUGCUGUGUGUCAGCGUAAACUUAAAUCCACCCUGAAGGAGAGGUUCCUGUGUGUGUUUGAGGGCAUUGCUAAAGCAGGAAGCCCAACCCUUCUGAACCAGAUCUACACAGAGCUCUACAUCACAGAGGGGGGGGGGGGGGGGGGGGCUGCAGAGGUCAAUGCUGAACAUGAGGUCAGACAGAUUGAAACAGCAUCCAGGAAACCAGACAGACCAGAAACAACCAUCAGACAAGAAGACCUCUUUAAAGCCUCACCUGGAAGAGAUGCACCAAUCAGAGCAGUGAUGACAAAGGGCGUGGCUGGCAUUGGGAAAACAGUCUUAACACAGAAGUUCACUCUGGACUGGGCUGAAGGCAAAGCCCACCAGGACAUCCAGUUCAUAUUUCCAUUCACCUUCAGAGAGCUGAAUGUGGUGAGAGAGAACAAGUACAGCUUGGUGGAACUUGUUCAUCACUUCUUCUCUGAAACCAGAGACGCAGGAAUCUGCAGGUUUGAUCAGUUCCCGGUUGUGUUCAUCUUUGACGGUCUGGAUGAGUGUCGACUUCCUCUGGACUUCCACAACACUGAGAUCCUGACUGAUGUCACAGAGUCCACCUCAGUGGAUGUGCUGCUGACGAACCUCAUCAGGGGGAAGCUGGUUCCCUCUGCUCGCCUCUGGAUAACCACACGACCUGCAGCAGCCAAUCAGAUCCCUCCUGAGUGUGUGGACAUGGUGACAGAGGUCCGAGGGUUCACUGACCCACAGAAGGAGGAGUACUUCAGGAAGAGGUUCAGAGAUCAGGAGCAGGCCGUCACCAUCAUCUCCCACAUCAAGACCUCACGAAGCCUCCACAUCAUGUGCCACAUCCCAGUCUUCUGCUGGAUCUCUGCUUCAGUUCUGGAGGAGGUGUUGAAAACCAGUGAAGGAAGAAAUCUGCCCAAGACCCUGACUGAGAUGUACAUCCACUUCCUGGUGGUUCAGUCCAAAGUGAACAUCAAGUAUGAUGGAGGAGCUGAGACAGAUCCACACUGGAGUCCAGAGAGCAGGAUGAAGAUGAUGGAGUUUCUGGGAAAACUGUCUUUUGAGCAGCUGCAGAAAGGCAAACUGAUCUUCUAUGAGUCCGACCUGACAGAGUGUGGCAUCGAUAUCAGAGCAGCCUCAGUGUACUCAGGAGUGUUCACACAGGUCUUUAGAGAGGAGAGAGGAACGUACAAGAACACAGUGUUCUGCUUCGUCCAUCUGAGCGUUCAGGAGUUUCUGGCUGCUCUUCAUGUCCAUCUGACCUUCAUCAACUCUGGAGUCAACCUGCUGUCAGAAAACCAACAACCUAAAAUCUUCAGAUCAAAACCCAAACCUAAACUAACAGAUCUCUACCAGAGUGCUGUGGACCAGGCCUUACAGAGUCCAAACGGACAUCUGGACUUGUUCCUCCGCUUCCUCCUGGGUCUUUCACUGCAGACCAAUCAGAAACUCCUGGGAGGCCUGGUGACGCAGACAGGAAGUAGCUCAGAGAUCAACCAGAAAACAGUCCAGUACAUCAAGAAGAAGAUGGAUGAGGAUCUGUCUGCAGAGAAAAGCAUCAACCUGUUCCACUGUCUGAAUGAACUGAAUGAUCGUUCUCUAGUGGAGGAGAUCCAACAAUCCCUGAGAUCAGGCAGUCUCUCCACAGAGGAUCUGUCUCUUGCUCAGUGGUCGGCUCUGGUCUUCAUCUUACUGUCAUCAGAAGAAGAUCUGGACGUGUUUGACCUGAAGAAAUACUCUGCUUCAGAGGAGGCUCUUCUGAGGCUGCUGCCAGUGGUCAAAGCCUCCAGGAAAGCUCUACUGAGUGGCUGUAAGCUGUCAGAGAGAAGCUGUGCAGCUCUGUCCUCAGUCCUCAGCUCCCAGUCCUCUAGUCUGAGAGAUCUGGACCUGAGUAACAACGACCUGCAGGAUUCAGGAGUGAAGCUGCUGUCUGCUGGACUGGAGAGUCCACACUGUGAACUGGAGACUCUCAGUCUGUCAGGCUGUCUGGUCACAGAGGAAGGCUGUGUUUCUCUGGCUUCAGCUCUGAGCUCCAACCCCUCCCAUCUGAGAGAGCUGGACCUGAGCUACAAUCAUCCAGGAGACUCAGGAGAGAAGCGGCUUUCUGCUGGACUGGAGGAUCCACUCUGGAAACUGGACACUCUCAGGCUGGACCAUGGUGGAGAGCAGAGGUUAAAACCAGGUGUGAGGAAGUAUUCCUGUGAACUCACCCUGGACUCAAACACAGUGAACAGAGACCUCAUCCUGUCUGAGGACAACAGGACGGUGACACCUGUGAGAGGAGAGAAGCAGCCAUAUCCUGAUCAUCCAGAGAGGUUUGACUCCUGUUCUCAGCUGAUGUGCAGAGAAGCUCUGACUGGUCUCUGUUACUGGGAGGUAGAGUGGAGAGGAGGGGUUUCUAUAUCAGUGACUUACAGAGGAAUCAGGAGGAGAGGAAAUAGAAAGGACUGUAGGUUUGGAAGGAAUGAUCAGUCCUGGAGUCUGAGAUGCUCUGGUAAUGGUUACUCGGUCUGGAACAAUGACAGAAGAACACACACCUCUUCCUCUUCCUUAUCCUCCUCCAUCUCCCCCUCCUCUGGUAGAGUAGCAGUGUAUCUGGAUCAUCCUGCUGGCUCUCUCUCCUUCUACAGAGUCUCCUCUGACACACUGACCCACCUCCACACCUUCAGAGCCACAUUCACUGAACCUCUCUACGCUGGGUUUGCGCUCAGGUUCGAUGGUUCCUCAGUGUCUCUGUGUCCUCUGUAGGAGGAGACCACUUCCUGUCCUGGGGUUUUAA